CCCGCACGCUUACUUGGUUGCCAAUCUUUUGAUCGCAAAGGCUACAAGGAUACCCCUCAUGUAUCCAACAAAGGCUUGAGAAGCUAUCAAUUGAGGUUUAUGGAAAAAUGCGGGCGAUAGAAAACGGUACAUGGAUGCCCCGUGUUGAAGUCCGUUUGUUGUGUUCAUCAUUGCUAUCAGAAGGCGCCGAGACCAACCAACCUAAACAAUGGUUCAUCAAUCGAAAAGCAAUUGGACUCCGGGAUGAGGGGAAGUUGCGAAUGACAUUUUCGGGAUUGGACCCGAAAGUGCAUCGUGGUACACGUCAAAAUCUUGGAACAUUAUGUGCGGGGGAACGUAACCACCAGUUCAUCUGAAGGUUGACGAAGGUUACUUUUAUUUGAGACUGCGCUUGGCAGGACGACACUCGAACAGCAAGCUGUUGAUUGUCAACGACAAUACUUACAAUGUCAAUCAGGCAUCUUUUCACAGCAUUACUAGCGGCCGUUGGUACCUCGUCCCUCGAGUUGUUGCCUCCGUUGCCAAAAAGCGACAGUGAUUUCACCACCGCAGCGACCUGGGACUGGGCGAAAACCGCAAAGACAAUCUUUAUCGAUUCGUCAUUCGCCAACGUAUCCGACACAGACGGUCUCACACUCAUCCCACCGACGGCAUUCGACUUUGCCUCGACUUUCCGCGAUGACAUUAGCAUCCUGCUGUCGCAGAACUGGACCCUAGAACGCGUGAACGGCUUUCCGAACUUCAGCAACGCAAGCGGCAUCUUCCUUGGCAAGUACAAUGGCACCGCAAAUUACGAGAACGGCUCUCCUACUACGGAGGGCUACGAAUUGCGGGUGACAUCGCCUUCUUCAGUCUUCAUCGGGGGGAGUGGAGCACGGGGAAUGUUCUGGGGGACCCGCACCCUCCUGCAGCUCAUAAUGACAAACUCGCCCACUGGCGGUAUUGGUAGCUUAUCUGUUGGCUUCCGCACUACUGAUGCACCUGCAUAUGCCACCCGUGGAUUCUUGCUCGACGCUGGACGAAAAUGGUACUCCCCAUCCUUCCUAAAGGAGCUGUGCAGCUAUGCGAGCUUCUUCAAGAUGAGCGAGUUUCACUAUCACCUUUCGGACAAUUACCCACUAAACCGAGGGAGGAACGAGUCUUGGCAGGAUGUGUAUAGCCACUUCUCAUUGCUGCCGGAGAAGGACACCGAGUUGAAGGCUAUACUGCACGGAAGAGAAAAUGAGACGUUGAGCCGGAGUGAUUUUAUGGAUCUCCAGCAGCAUUGUGUCAGCAGAGGUGUCACGGUCAUCCCUGAGAUCGAAGCUCCUGGCCACUGUCUGUACCUUACAAAGUGGAAGCCUGAGCUGGCUCUCCCUAAAAGGGACCUGCUUAAUCUCACACACCCGGACACAAUACCAACCGUCAAACGCAUUUGGGCCGAGUUUCUUCCCUGGUUCCAGACAAAGGAGGUGCACAUAGGUGCUGAUGAAUAUGAGCGCGAUUUGGCCGAUGACUAUGUCAACUUCGUCAACGAUAUGUCGCGCUGGGUGAACAAGACCUCCAACAAGCGGGUCAGAAUCUGGGGCACAGACGAGCCUUCUGACAAGCUGACCAUUGACCGCGACAUCGUCAUCCAGCACUGGCAAUACGGCCAAUCAGACCCUAUCCAGGUUCUCCAGGACGGCCACGAUCUGAUCAACUCGCAGGAUUGGUGGGCAUACACAUCUAUCAAGAGCGACCACGCGCCAAUCCUUCCAGCCCGCUACCCGCAAUUCUUCAACGAAUCACGCCUUCUCAACUUUGCCGACCAAGAUGGCUGGCAGUGGCAGCCAAGCGACUUUAACCCCUUCAACAAGACGAUGCAGGUCGACCCUGGCGCCAAGGGACUCCGCGGUGCGACACUGGCCGCGUGGAACGACAACGGCCCGGACGCGUCGACUCAGCUCGAGGCGUACUAUUCGUUGCGCCGAGGCAUCGCCUUGACCGGUGCGAGGGCCUGGAGCGGCAAGAGGGGCGUAGAGCUUAACCCCGAUCUGGUAUCUACGAGCGUGGAUUUCUUUUCACCGUUCGUCCCGGCGCAGAACCUGGACAGGACUGUGCGAGGAACAAAUUUGACGUCUGUGCCGACGGGCAGCAGCAGCGCAAACCGUAACCCGAUAAUAAGCUGGAAGGCCGGCGAGGAGUGGGUUGCUGAAGGUAGCAAGGGCAUGAAUUACACCCUGACGCUGACCGCCGAUGGGCCUUUUUCACUGAGCGGGCCUGACAACAGCCUCAGUCUGGUUCAGUCUGAGGAUGGACAUUCACUGGUGUUUGAUGCCGAUGGGUACAAGUAUCCUCUGCGGUCAGUGUCUAAUAAGGACGGAACGGAGUUGGAUCCAGGCCAUCCAGGUCGGAUCUGGGUCAAUGCUUCUUCAACCCAUGAAGUCGUUGAGAACAUCUCGACACCGGUCAACAUUACUAUUACGACGGAUGUCUUGCACGGCAGUCUGGUCUGGAUUAACGGACAGUUCAUGGGGCGGUUCGAGGUAUUCGUGUACGGUGGGCGGAACACACAGUUCAGCUGGAAUCAGAUGGCGUUUGUUGCGCCUUUGAGAAAGAUGGACGGCGGAUUGACAAGCUUGGUUUUGGACGAUGGGGUCAGCAUCCUUGGAGCAGGCGCAGGCAACGAGACAGCGCAGCCGCCGAGCCAAAAUGCUGGUUCUACACGUGGUGGCCCAGAAUCAUGGACAGUAAUUGUGGCAGCUCUGUUGAUACAUGUCACUGCCUCGGCCUUCAUGUAGGUAAUUUUGUGGGCCAAGAGGACACAGUCACUUAUUUGGUUAAUCUUGUAAUCGAGGCAUUGGGAAGUAAGUCGAAAUUUGACAAGCGUUAGAGAAUCCUUUUUGUCAUUAUCAUAAUACACUUUCUGCAUAAAACUAGCAAUCACUUGGGA